GGGACCAGGCAGGCGCCUCUGGGGAGACUGUGUGUCACCGUGUAUGGCUGUGUGACAGUGUGUGUGUGUGUGUGUGUGUGUGUGACAGUGUGAACUUCUGUGUCACACUGUAUGGUUGAACGCGGCUGUGACCAUCUGUCUCUGGCAUAAAACUGAGUCUGUGUUUCUGUGUGACUGUCUCUGCAGGUGUAACUGUGUUAUUUGUGUAUGGGUUUGUGAGAGACUGAAGGUGUGACAUUGUGUGUGUGUGUGUGUCGCUGUGUGGAUGUGUGUGUGACUGUUUGACCACUUGUCCCUGUGGAUGUAACUGCGUUUGAAGGUGUGGUUAUGUACCCAUGAUCCUCAGUCUGUGCAGGCAUAAUUUUGUAUGAGUAAUUGUGGUAGGAUGUGUGACCUUGUGUGGUAUGUCACUGUGUAUGAGAUUGUGUGUGACUGUCUCGCUGUUGGAGUAAUUGUGUAUCGUCUCUCUUUGUGUUAAUGCCACUGUGUGUGUAUGUGACAUUAUGUUUGCGAUUGUGUGGCCAUGUUUGUAUGAGUAUGAUUGGGAGAGAAUUUGUAUGUGUAGGUCAGACCUAGUAUGUGAUUGUGAGACACAGAAAGAUUAAAAUUGCUCACCCACCUUCACACAGUUACUAAGUGACAGAACUGGGACUUUAGCCCAAGCUAUUUAGCUCCAGAGUCUUUGCUUUUAAUUUUUCAACUCUGUUGAUCUUUUCCACAUUGUGAGAGUGAAAAAUGGGGGCCCUGGGUUCUGAGGGUGUUGGAAAGGAUUGUCUGUGGUCUUGGCCCAGGACCUUCUGGACAUGGAACUUAAUUUGGAUCUCUUCCUUCUGUAUCCUUAGUGAAGAAAUGUUGGCUCUGAGAAGACAAGGAACUUGUUUCAGGGUGUGCAGUUUCUUAUUGGUUUGGUGUUGAAAUUUGGCAUGUUUACCUCAGGCUGAAUUUCUGUGGAGAAAUUAAGGACUUUUUUCUCCAGAAGAGAAAAUUGAAGAAGGAAGGAAGAAUGGCUGUUGGACUGUGUAAAGCCAUGUCCCAGGGUUUGGUGACCUUCAGGGAUGUAGCUCUGAAUUUUUCCCAAGAGGAAUGGGAAUGGUUGGACUCAUCUCAGAAGGAUUUGUACAGAGAUGUCAUGUUGGAGAACUACAGGAACUUGGUAUGGCUUGGACUCUCCAUUUCUAAGCCCAACAUGAUCUCCUUAUUGGAACAAGGGAAGGAACCUUGGAUGGUGGAGAGAGAGAUGUCGGAUGGUCAACAUGCAGACUGGGAGUCUUGGUAUGAGAUCAAGGCAUUGUCUCCAAAGUGGUACACUGAUGAAGAGGAAACAUCACAGGGGGUGAUAACAAAAAGACUUACAAGUUAUAGCCUUGAAUGCUCCGGUUUCAGAGAAGCCUGGAAAUAUGAGGCUGAAUUGGAGCAGCAUCAAGAAAGUCAGGAGAGGCAUUUCAGGCAAGUGGCAACUCUUAAGGAAAUCUCUGCUGUGAAAAGAGACAAUGAAUAUAAUCAUUCUGAGAGAAACAUUCUCUUGAAGUCAGUACUUUUAACACAACAGAGAGUUCCCCCAGUAGAGCAAGUACAUAAAUUUGGUAUUUUUAACAAAAUGUUUCCCCCAAAUUCAGUUCUAAUUGAACAUAAAAGACUGCGUGCCGAGAAGGAAUCUUUGAUAGGCAAUGAAUGUGAAGAAUUCAACCAGAGCACAUACCUUAGUAAAGAUGUAGAAAUUUCUCCUGGGGAGAAAUCUUAUGAAAGUAAUGAUUUUUCAAACCUCUUAAGUUUCCACUCAUUACUUAGUCAACAUCAAGCAACUCAUUUUGGAAAAUCACCCCAUGGAUAUGAUGAGUAUGGCGAUGCCUUUAACUGUUACUCGUAUUUUGCUCAACCUCAGAGAAUUCACAGUAGAGAGAAACCAUAUGCAUGCAAUGACUAUGGCAAGGGCUUCAGCCAUGACUUUUUUCUCAGUGAGCAUCAGAGAACUCAUAUUGGGGAGAAACCAUAUGAAUGUAAGGAAUGUAACAAAGCUUUCCGACAGAGUGCACACCUUGCUCAACAUCAGAGAAUCCACACUGGAGAGAAGCCCUUUGCGUGCAAUGAAUGUGGGAAGGCCUUUAGCCGUUAUGCCUUCCUUGUUGAACAUCAGAGAAUUCACACAGGAGAGAAACCAUAUGAAUGUAAGGAAUGUAACAAAGCCUUCAGACAGAGCGCACACCUUAAUCAACAUCAGAGAAUUCACACUGGAGAGAAACCCUAUGAAUGUAAUCAAUGUGGAAAAGCCUUCAGCAGACGCAUAGCCCUUACUCUGCAUCAGAGAAUUCAUACAGGAGAGAAACCCUUUAAAUGUAACGAAUGUGGGAAGACCUUUGGCUAUCGCUCACACCUUAAUCAACAUCAGAGAAUUCACACUGGUGAAAAGCCCUAUGAGUGCAUCAAAUGUGGGAAGUUUUUUAGGACUGACUCACAGCUUAAUCGACAUCAUAGAAUUCAUACUGGAGAGAGGCCUUUUGAAUGCAGUAAAUGUGGGAAAGCCUUCAGUGAUGCUUUAGUUCUAAUUCAUCAUAAAAGAAGUCAUGCAGGAGAGAAACCCUAUGAAUGUAACAAAUGUGGGAAGGCCUUCAGUUGUGGCUCAUACCUUAAUCAACAUCAGAGGAUUCAUACUGGAGAGAAACCCUACGAAUGCAAUGAGUGUGGGAAGGCUUUCCAUCAGGUCUUGUCCCUUAGGCUACACCAGAGAAUUCAUGCCGGAGAAAAACCCUAUAACUGUAAUGAAUGUGGGAACAAUUUUAGCCGUGCUUCAACCCUUAGACGACAUCAGAAAAUUCAUAAUAGAAAAACUCUCUGAUUAUGUGUAAUAAGAAAACAUGUGUCACCACUUGGUCCUUAUUAAAUAAAUAUCAAUGAAUUCUUCAGUUAGUAAUUCUACUAAUAUGAAUGUAGUAAAUAUGGAAAAGUCUCCAGUUCACAAGCAUCCCUUAUCUGAAAUAACCUGAGUAGUAGCCAUCGAUUACUUUUGGAUCUGUUGUAUGCCGCAUUUGAGACUUAACUCAUCCUCAGUGCAUAUCAUUCUGAUGAAAUUAUUUAAUCAGGGAGAGCAGUGAUCUAUUAUUUUCCUCAACCUAACUAGAAAUGAGGGGUUUUCAGAUGCCCUAUCUAGACCAGUAGAGCCCUAGGAAGAUACUGUUAUGGGUAAUGAGAAAAGAUCUUUUCUUUCCGUGCACCUCUCCCCCACUGGAAUUGCAAAUGUCAAGGAUUUGAUAAAAACUCACCAGUAGCCUUUCUGUUACCACAACAACAUCCUCAUAUUUCUGUCUAUUAUCUUCAAUCCCAAGAUAAAUCCAAUUCAAAGGAAUUGGAGAUAAUAGAAAUAUGAGGAUGUUGUUUGAUCUGGAUCCAGUCAUGUCUGAAACCUAUACCAUCUUUAACAUUUUCAUUUUUGUAAUCCAAUAAAUUUUCUCUUUUUUUGCUU